UUAAAUAGCCCGCGUAAUGGGCGUUAUGAACCUGGAAUGUGAUUGAAAUCAACGCAAAGCGACCGUGACACUCGGUGGCUACCUUCGGGUAGACAGGGCAGGGGCUGGUGAUGAGAGUGGUGAGUUGUCUUUUCUUUACCGUCGGCGCUCUUCUUCGGCACUCUUCUUCGGUCCACUGUUGUCUUUUCUUUACCGUCGGCGCUCUUCUUCGGCACUCUUCUUCGGUCCACUGGCUAGUUAUCUCAUCUUAUAAAAUCGUGACUGAUUCUUGUAUAUCGACUGAGGAUCUGGUUAUUAGUUGUCUUUUCUUUACCGUCGGCGCUCUUCUUCGGCACUCUUCUUCGGUCCACUGGUUAGUUAUCUCACCUUAUGAAAUCGCAAUCCUCUUCGGUCGGGUCCGAAAUGACGUUAAACUACCAUCGGCACUCCUUCGGCACUCCUUCGGCGCUCCUUCGGCACUCCUUCGGCACUUCUUCGGUUCGGUCGGGUCCGAAAUGACGUUAAACUACCAUCGGCACUCCUCGGCACUCCUUCGGUUCGGUCGGGUCCGAAAUGACGUUAAACUACCAUCGGCACUCCUUCGGUUCGGUCGGGUCCGAAAUGACGUUAAACUACCAUCGGCACGUCCGAAAUGACGUUAAACUACGAUCGGCACGUGGAAGUGGAAGAAACACGUUAACCAGCCCGUGGACGUGGACGACACGUUAACCAGCCCGUGGAAGUGGAAAAACACGUUAACCAGCCCGUGAUCAGGAAAACCACGUUAAACGACCCGCGUAAUGGGCGUUAUGAACCUGGAAUGUGAUGAAAUCAACGCAAAGCGACCGUGACACUCGGUGGCCAUGGAAGGAUCGCUGG